AUGAGUUAUGGACGCGGCCCUGCGGACAUUAAUCAAAUAUACGAGAGAAAUCAAGAAGCAACAGUUUAUGUUGGAAAUCUAGACACUAAAACUGAUGAGGAGUUGUUAUGGGAGGUUUUUACCCAAGCAGGUCCCGUAAAAAACGUUCAUAUUCCACGGGAUAAAGUGACAGGAAUGCAUUCGAAUUAUGGAUUCGUGGAGUUUCAGCUCGAAACAGAUGCAGAUUACGCUUUGAAGGUGUUAAAUAUGCUCAAGCUGUAUAGCAAACCGAUUCGGUGUAAUAAAGCAGCUCAAGAUAAACGGACUCUAGAAGUUGGAGCAAAUUUGUUUAUUGGCAAUCUUGACCCUGAGGUAGACGACCACAUACUGCUGGAUACCUUUUCUGCUUUCGGGAAUUUGCUGAGUGCGAAAGUCAUGCGCGAUCCAGAAACAGGAGAACAUCGCGGUUUCGGUUUUGUCUCUUACGAUGCAUUUGAAUCCAGUGAUGCCGCAUUAACAGCAAUGAACGGACAAUUCAUAUGCGAUCGUCCCAUUCAUGUUUCUUACGCGUAUAAGAAGGAUACUAAAGGUGAACGUCAUGGUAGUGCGGCUGAACGGCUUCUUGCUGGAAGUCGUCAAACACUCAUGAAAGAUCAACAACAGCAACAAGUUAUGGCAAAUGUGAUGACUUCAAUGAUGACAUCAAUGGCAAUGCCACCUCCAGUUCAAGCAAUCCCUGCACCUCCUCCUCCUGUUUUUGCUCCCACUUCUGCUACUGGCGCACCAAUUCUCCCCCCAACAGGAAGAGUUCUUUGCGAAACCCAUCCAGCUGAUUCCAAUUUGUGA